AGUUUUCAGUGUUUCGUCUUAUUUUAGACAAACAAAGAAAAUAUACAGAUACCGGGUAUAGGAACAUUCCAUCCAGUUGUAUUAGCGCAAUUGUAAUAAGCAAAAAUUGAAAACUUUUGAGGAAACAAACAAAUCUAGUUUCCAUUCUUUUUAUCCGGGUCCUGACGUCAUCUCUGUUUUCGCGGGAAACUUGCUUCCAAAAUAAUCCAAGCAACAUGGCAACCCCGAGACUUCGUAAAAGAAAGGUUUUGGAUUGUAGUCUUGAGGAAAAUGGAGUGACAGAAAACGGUAACGGCAUAGAGCCAGAGACUGAUGAAUCUACUUGCAAGAAAUUGACAAAGAGAACGGAUUAUAUUUCGUGGGAUGACUAUUUCAUGUCUGUAGCGUUCCUCUCUGCCCAGCGAAGCAAGGAUCCCUCAUCGCAAGUGGGGGCUUGCAUAGUGAACAAGGAACGCAAGAUCGUGGGGAUAGGGUACAAUGGCAUGCCGAAUGGAUGCAGCGAUGACGAACUACCGUGGAACAGACAUGCUGAUGACGAGUUAGAUACAAAAUACCCCUACGUUUGCCAUGCAGAGAUGAAUGCAAUCUUGAACAAGAACUCUGCAGAUGUCAAAGGAUGUACUGUCUAUGUUGCCCUCUUCCCUUGCAAUGAAUGUAGUAAGAUCAUAAUACAAGCUGGACUCAAGGAAGUUGUGUUUGUGUCUGAUAAGUACCAUGACAAGCCAUCCAUGAAGGCAUCAAGAAGACUUCUGGACCUCGCUGGUGUUAAGUACAGGCAAUACAAGCCAAGUAUGGAAAAAAUAGUAAUUGAUUUUAACAGCAUUGAUGGGAAGAAGAACUGAGAAUACAAGCCAAGUA